AUGCACCCAUCCACUGCGCCCGCGCGCAUCCAGCCUCCCGCGAGACACCGCCUGCCCCUUAUGGCAUGGUUCACCACUUGCCUCUCACCUCCAUCCCUCGCCCCCUCGCCCCUUGACCCGCCUCGGCACCCCCUGCGAGCAACCGUGGCUCGUUCUGCCUGCGUUCUGCCGGGCGAUGGAUACGAACGAGUGGAUGGCAGGUGGCGGGAGGGACUAGCGGUCGGGGACGAGGUACGAUCAGCCCGGGUCAUCAGCCACUCCCAGGCUGUCCCCUCCAUCUUGCCUCCAUCCAGCUCUCUCCGCUUGUCUCCUCCGUCCACCGGACUCCCUCCCUCCUCGUCGUUCCUUUCUGUCGUCGGUCGUUUCGUUGUUCUCUCCUUCCCCUUCGAGUCCAUGCACGCACGGCGCCGACGCAACCAUCCAGCCAGAUCGUCUAUUCCGCCGGGUGGGGCGUCCAGUCCCGACAACGCCGACCUUGAUGAGUACUUUGACCGCACCUACCACGUCGCAGAGCAGGAUGGCGCGUCCGUCAACGUCACGUUCAGCGGCUCGGCCAUAGCCAUCUACGGCUCUACCGGCCCCGACCAUGCUGACUAUAAGGUCCAAUUCGACGACGCUGUCAUUUUCCCCACUCAGUCUGCUUUCGCCUCAAAGACCCAGUUCCAGCAGCUUCUGUUUCAAUAUGACUUCUCCGCCGACAACGUGGCCGAUUUCUUGACGUUCACGGAUGGAAACAUCACCACCGCCGCGACAAGUACCGCCGCUGUGGCCACUGUAACGCCGCCAUAUCUAUCCAGCGACACCUCUUCUCCUAGCGGCAGUGGACUCGCGACGCCGUCCGCUGCAUCUGAUUCCAACACUUCGUCUUCAUCAUCCAAAGCGCCCGUCAUUCUCGCCGGGCUCUUCGGCGGCAUCCUCGGCCUCGUGCUCAUCUUCGUCGGUGUCUGGGCCUUCCUCCGCUACCUCUACUAUCGCAGACGCCGGCGCGAACACGCCUUCCGCCUCGGCGCCCCGCCUCCCAACACACCCAAGUCGACCGCCUUCUCCGAGGCCAUCCCAGGCCGCAGGCGCAGGGGCACAGGCACGACCGUGCACUACCACGGCGGCGAGAGCGUCACGAGCUUCGCGCUCCACAACCCCUUCUUCAGCUCCAGGGACCCGUCUACGUCGCAAGUCAACCUCGAGAUGAGCGGCGCGAGCAUGGCGAGCUUGAACGUCGGGGCCGGGCUUUCUGCGAGCGGUAGUAGGAGCGGCGGUUUCGGGAGCGUCUUUGCCGAUUCCAGAGGGGGCUACACUGCGGUGUCGACGCGCGGCCCGCCGCCAACGCUGCCACUCGUGGCAACUGAUGCGCCGCCUGUGCCUGCUAAGGAUGGUGCACCUGGUGGAGGCGGUGAGAGGAAACCCGGCUCGCCGGUCAAAGGUCCUGGUGUGCGCGAGUUCUUAACGGCGAGUCCGGUCUUGUGGGCCGGUGCGAAGCACAGGGGCGAUGCAGAUUCACUACGGACAGAUUUCCUGCAGGUCUGACUGACGUUAUGCUGCUUCACACAUUUGCUCUGGUGGGUAUGCCGCUUUGUCGUGACGAUUUAUACCUUGCUAUCGUUCUGUAACUGUUGUUCAGCUUCGGGGUGAGCCCUUAUUGCAGUUACAGGUAUUACCAGUGCUAGCCACAGGAGUUGAGGACAAGUACAUUGCUUAGGCUACGGGGUCUUGCAUACUGUUUUGAUGGUCCAUCUGUAAAGUCGAGAAAUUUCAAAUUUGAAUCGGCUGUGAUGAUCUCGAGAGCCCGGGCGGUUCGCGCUGCCAUUGGGCCGCGAGACUGACAUCCGAUACCUGGCG